UGUCUCGUGUGUUGUCAGACGCGCAUCAAUAUCGUCUGCGAUUGUUUUUCAGUGCAGUACAUAAGCUUGCGAGCUUCCGUAUAAUUGUCAACACGCGCGAAAUAAUCUAUUUUCGCCUCCGUCGCCUUUCGUACAUACAUACAAACACAUACGCACAACGCGUCUGUGUACAUCGCGCAAUAAAACAUAGUUAAAACUUGUUUGAUCAGUCUAAUACAGAGAAUGCUGCACGAUCGUAGCGCGAGGCACACUAUUAUACUGCCGCACAGUGAUAUUUGAUAAAAUAAGAGAAAAAAACGUGUUCGCGACUCUUCGUCGAUCAGUCGUCGCGGAGAGCACAUCGCCGCGAGCAAUUCAACGGGCCGCGCCAGUCGACGCGCAAGUAUACAUAGUAAUACAAUUGUUGCCGCCGAUUGCAAGCUACAAUAGUUGCUGGAAUUUGCGGCCGCAAGCAGAUGCAUCGCACGUGCCGAUCUACCAAGAACAUGUGGAAAUAGACCAGAGCGCUGAUAUACAAGAAGCUAAUUCCACUGCCAAGGUUGGUGCAGACUUUGAUUCUGGAGCCAAUUUCAUGUGUGUCGGGAGAAAAACACCUUGAUCGUGUACCUUCAUCGACUGGACCAUCGUCAUGGAUGCAACCGGUGCUAAUAAUCUGGCAAACCCGCGAGAAAAGGCAAAUCCUUUUUCAGUCGUCUUUUGGUGUUGGACGUUGCGGCUGUUCAAAAAAGGAUACACAAAAAUUCUAACCGUCGAGGAUCUUUACAACCCAUUGAAAAAGGAUCAUUCGACGUUACUCGGUGACAGAUUGGAAAAACAAUGGAACGUGGAACUGCAACAAGCGAAAAAGAGGAAGAAGCAGCCGAACCUCUUGAAAACGAUGUUUAUGGCGUUCAGGGCGGAGAUCUUCUUCAUGGGCUUUAUUCACGUGAUGCUCGAAUUUGUGUUCAGAAUGUGUACGCCGAUACUUCUGGGCUAUCUGCUCAAGUACUUCAGGCAGAAGCCCGAGACGACGACCGAGGAGGCCUUCAUGUUCGCCGGCGGCCUGACCGUGGCCAACUUCCUCACCAUCCUCUCGACCAAUCAUCUACUCUUCUUGGCCUACCAUCUGGGCGGGCGCAUUCGCAUCUCCGUUUGCUCCCUCGUCUACCGCAAGGCCCUCAAACUCAGCAAGACGGCCCUGGGCGAGACGGCGCCCGGCAAAAUCGUCAAUCUCGUCGCGAACGACGUCAAUCGCUUCGAGCUCGUCAUGAUAUUUCUGCACACCAUGUGGAGCGCACCCCUGUCCACCCUGAUAAUCGGUUACAUCCUGUACACUCAGGCCCAUUACGCCGCUCUCAUCGGUAUCGCCGUCGUGCUCACCGUCGUGCCCAUACAAAUCUAUACGGGCAAACUGUCGUCGAUCUAUCGGCUGCGAACGGCCAUUAAAACGGACGAGCGAGUCCGCCUCAUGGACGAGAUCAUCUCGGGCGUACAAGUAAUCAAGAUGUACGCCUGGGAGAAGCCUUUCUGCGCCCUGGUCGAGCUGGCCCGCCGCCUCGAGCUCAAGGUCGUGCGCAAGAGCUCGUACCUGCGCGGCCUCUUCAUGACCUUCUUUCUGUUCACGACUCGCAUGGCCCUCUACUGCACCAUCGUGUCGAGUAUCUACUUCAAAGAGAGCCUGACCACCGACAAGAUCUUCGUGUUCGCCUCCUUCUACAAUCUGCUCUCGAACUCGAUGUCGGCCAUGUUCGUGCGGGGCUUCGCCGAGCUCGCCGAGUGCAAAGUCUCCGUGUCGAGGAUACAAUCCUUCCUCAUGCUCGAGGAGUUCGAUCCGGAGAACGUGACCCACUCAGGGGCUGGUGCCGACGCUGCCGACUCCGCCAUGAGCCCCGUCGACGUCAAGUUCAUGGCCAAGGAUAAGGCGGAUAAGGGCGACGACGAAAAAUUGGCCAAAAGUACCUCGGAGAGCGUCCAAAUCGAGGACGACAGAUACGCCGUGACGAUGAAUCACGUCCAAGCCAAGUGGUAUCCGGAGAAGUCGGACAACACCCUCGACUCGAUCAAUCUGAAGCUGGAAAAGGGCAAGUUAUACGCCGUAAUCGGCAUGGUCGGCGCCGGCAAGAGCUCCCUACUGUCGGCCCUGCUGGGUGAGAUCAAGCUCGUCUCCGGCAAUGUCAAGGUCAAGGGUAAGAUCAGCUACGUGCCCCAGGACGCCUGGGUCUUCAAUUCGAGCGUCAGGCAGAACAUCCUCUUCGGCCAGGAGCUGGAUCUGCAGCGCUAUCAGAGGGUCGUCAAGGCCUGCUCGCUUUACAAGGACUUUCAUCAGUUCCCGGACGGCGAUCAGACCAUCGUGGGUGAGAGAGGCUGUUCUUUAUCGGGCGGUCAAAAGGCCAGGAUCAACCUGGCCAGGGCCGUCUACAGACAUGCGGACAUCUACCUGCUCGACGAUCCUCUGAGUGCCGUCGACGCUCACGUGGGCAAGCAUCUGUUCGACCAGUGCAUCAGGCGUCAUUUGAUGGGGAAAACUCGUAUCCUGGCGACGCACCAGUUGCAAUUCAUCAAAGACGUCGACGGCAUCAUACUGCUGGAUCAGGGCAAAAUUCAGUUCUACGAUGAUUAUCAUCAGCUGUUAAACGUCUAUCCCGAGUACAACAGUCUGAUCGCUUCGGAUAAUCCUGAAAAUCCGGACGAGUUCAACGUCGAGAAGGUCGAGCUGAGAAGACGAUUUUCUUCCACUGGAAGCAGAGGAGGAUCUCGGGUAUCGAUAUCGGAUGGCGGAGGCGACUCCGAGAGCGAGGACGUGAAGGACGAGGAGGCCAAGAAGUUCGGUGACACGAUCGAGGGCACGUCCAAGGGUAUGGUGAAGGGCAGCGUAUUCCUGCAGUACUUCCGCAUGGGCUCGAGCUUGUUCACCACCGGCCUCAUGGCCGCGUUGUUCAUCGUUACGCAGCUCUGCGUCAGCUUCAACGACUACAUGGUCCCCUACAUUACAUCGAUCGAAGAGGCGCGUCAGGAGCGCACGACGCAAAACGCGUCGAACAGCAGCUGGAGCCGGCCGGGAGACAGCUACGACGACGGCUACUACACGACCGAGUUCUACGUGUACGUCUACACGGGCCUCGUGCUGUCGAUCUUCGUGAUCGGCCUGUGUCGCUCAUUCGUCUAUUACGGCAUCUGCAUGCGGGCCAGCGAGCGACUGCACAAUCGGGCCUUCUACGCGCUCAUGCGCACCUGCAUGCGAUUCUUCGACACCAAUCCCAGCGGCCGGAUCAUCAAUCGCUUCUCCAAGGACACCACCGCGACGGACGAGCAUCUACCCAAGGCCAUGCUCGACGCCGGCCAAGUGCUCCUCUUCAUCGCCGGCGCCAUGAUUCUCACCUGUAUCGUCAACAAGAUCUUCCUCGUGCCGGCCGCGGUCAUAGCCCUGGUCUCCUGGUGGAUCAGACGGGUGUUUCUCAAGACCAGCAAGAACAUCAAGCGGCUCGAGGGAAUGACUCGAUCUCCAGUCUUCACUCAUCUGAGCGCCACCUUGAACGGCAUCUCGACCAUCAGGGCUUACCAAGCCCAAUCAAUCCUCAAGCUCGAGUUCGACAAGUUUCAGGACGUGCACACCUCGUCCUGGUACAUGUUCACGGCCACGAGCAUGGCCUACGCCUUCGCCCUGGACCUGUUCACCUUCAGCUUCGUCACCUUCAUCACGUUCAGCUUUUUGAUCUUCAAGGAGCAGUUCGACAGUGGCUCGGUCGGUCUAGCCAUCACCCAGAUGAUGUCGAUCGCCUCGCUCGUGCAGUGGGGCAUGCGCCAGAGCGCUGAGGUGACCAAUCAGAUGAUGUCGGUCGAGCGGAUACUCGAGUAUCUGCAGAUAGCGCCAGAGAAGAAUCUGCGCGAUCAGGGCCAGGCCUCGCAGAGCAAAAAGAGUAAAAACAAGCCCGUGCUGGCGAAGCUGCUCAAUGUGCCCGCCCAUUGGCCGAGCUCGGGUGCCGUCGAAUUCAGAAACGUCUACAUGCGUUACGCUCCAGAGGGCGAACCCGUUCUCAGAGAUUUGAGCUUUUACAUCAAAGCGUCGCAGAAGAUCGGUAUCGUCGGGAGAACCGGAGCGGGCAAGUCCUCGCUCAUCUCGGCAAUGUUUCGGUUAGCCGAGAUCGACGGUAUCAUCGAGAUCGACGGAGUCGAUACCGGCAACAUCGCCGUGGAGGACUUGAGAAGCCACAUAUCGAUCAUACCGCAGGAUCCGGUUCUCUUCUCGGGCACGCUGCGUCGCAAUCUCGAUCCGUUCGAGGAGUUCGAGGACGAGGCGCUGUGGCAGGCCCUCGAGCAGGUCGAGCUCAAAGAUUCCGUUGUGUCGACGGGCAACGGCCUGGACAGUCGCGUGCUCGACCGAGGCGCCAAUUUCAGCGUGGGUCAGCGUCAACUGGUUUGCUUGGCCCGGGCGAUAUUGAGGAAUAACAAGGUUCUGAUGCUGGAUGAAGCGACUGCCAACGUCGAUCCUCAGACCGAUGCCCUGAUUCAGACGACGAUCAGGACCAAAUUCGCCAAUUGCACCGUUUUAACGGUGGCUCAUCGGCUUAAUACUAUCAUCGACAGCGACAAAGUCUUGGUCAUGGAUAAAGGUCAAGUUGCUGAAUACGAUCAUCCUUACAAACUAUUGGAGAACAACGACAGCCAGUUCAAUUCACUGGUAAGAGAGACCGGCGACGCCAUGUACCAGCAGCUCUUCAAUCUUGCCAAACAAUGCUACGAGGAAAAGUAUCCCGAUCAGCAGCGAUGAUCUAAAAAAAAAAUAUUAUGUUCACUUAUGUGUAAAUACAAUUAUCAUAAUUUUCUGUUCAUUUAAAUGCGACGGGGUUAUAAUAUCGUCACUAUGUGACGACUUUACUUAAUUAUCAGUCGUUUAGCUCUAUAAGUAUUAUAAAUAAUUAUGCUGACGAUUGUCAAGCUGCGAUAGUAGCCGUUUGAAGCGCUGCGCGUCGAGGAGACGACUAUGCACUGCAGCUAUACACGACGUUCUUCUGUGUACUACCUCGUGAUAGACUCGAAUUAUACAUUCUUACAAAAGUUGACAUUAUUAUAUUUUUUAAGUAGCAUAUUAUAAUACAUAAGAGUAAAAAAAUUAAUAUUUUGUUAGCAAAAAACUUCUCGUAGUCACGAUUAUUGAAAUACUAGCGACCCCGUCGUGGCUUCGCCCACGUUCAAUUUUUUCAACAAAUUCGACUGCUUAAAAGAUCUUAAACAGGUCACGUCAAGUGCGUAGUAGGAAAUCUAUGAGUUGAGUUCACACACUUGUAAAACUCGAAUAGCGUAAUAGCACAUGUACACGUCAAAUACAAUGUAUUCCGAUUCACCGCGUGUAAAAAAAACAACUGCUUUCGGUCUUUUUUAUAACCAUUAACCGUGCAAGGGGCGAGCGAGCGCGCAAAGUGGUAAAAUACGAAAAAAAUUCUGAACUCAAAAAUAA